UCCCCCCUCUGCGUGCAGUCUGUGUGCUGUAGCCCUGCUGUGCAUUGCUCUCAGCCCUCUGUUGGAGCAUCAAAAGGAGGAGGAGCCAAAACAGCAGACACACAUACUCAGGCACUCACACUCUGACAUCUAGCAUCAUCUCUUCUGCACACUCACUGUAAGCACCAGCAAGCCAGGCCCGUUUGGAACAGGGGAUCCCAGCCGUCUUGUCCCGCAAUGGAUGUACUGAUGAAGGGGUUCUCCAUGGCCAAGGAGGGGGUGGUGGCCGCUGCAGAGAAGACCAAAGCAGGCAUGGAAGAGGCAGCAGCUAAGACUAAAGAAGGGGUGAUGUAUGUAGGCAGCAAGACAAAGGAGGGAGUUGUGUCAUCAGUAAACACAGUGGCCAACAGGACUGUGGAUCAGGCCAACAUCGUUGGAGACACAGCGGUUGCCGGGGCCAACGAGGUAUCACAGGCGUCCGUGGAGGGCGUGGAGAACAUCGCUGCCUCAACCGGAAUGGUCAGCCAGGAGGAGCCUGUAUACGAGGGAGAGUAUGGAAUGGAACAGGGUGGGGAAGGAGGAGAGGGAUAUUAGUCAUUUUCAGGACCCUCCAGCAGCCCCUCGCCUUCCUCGCCUCGCUGUACCAGACUCCAGAUGUCCAACAUAUUUUUUUGUGACUUUAUGGAACCAAAAUCAACUAAAACAGACUCUUCCGGAUGCUGCACCUCAGCCCCUUCUCCCUGAUGCCUCCCCCCCUACUCCCAGUUACAUCCAGCCUGCCACCUGCCUCAGCUUCUUUCCUCUAAUUUUCUGCAGCUUGCAGCUUUCCCUCCACUGCCGCUGUUCCCGCUCCUCACCUGUGUGUUAUUGUCUUCCCUGCUAUGAACCCCGGUGUUGUUGCCACCCCACGCCUGCCAACUCAUAGAGAAAUCUCACACACAAACAAACACGCUCACACAAAUAAAAAGACAAACCUUACUUAACCGCAGGCAUGAAACACCCACAUACAGUACAUACUAUAAAUGCCAGCACCGACCACACAAUGGGCAACUGAGUGACAACUUGCGAUUUAAGUCUUGAGGUGUACAGAGAACCUGCUCUUCAUGAAAAACAAGAAGUCAUUGUAUGCUUGAGGAGGGCUUGACAAGGUGUGUCCAUGUUAGCUUGUGUGCAUGUGUAGCUGCUGGCGUUCAGAAUAAACCUCCAGGAGCUCGUGCAGGGAAUCGUGAACGGGGACAGAUAUCAAUCUGUUAAAUGUGCAGUAGUUAGUUACAGUAGACUGCAUGAGCAGAUGUUCUGUGUUGUUAACCAUAGAGUAGCAGCUGUUCUGUGUCGCUUUGUAUGGCUUAGUGUGUUCUGUGCCUCAGCAUUUAGAAACAGUAGAAGUGAUACACGCUGCUCAUUUAUUUUAGCUGUCAGAUGGAAAACGUGAUGUGAUGCAUGAAAAAGUAAAGGGACACUUUUAAAUCUUCAUAAUGUUAAACAUUUGUGGCUGGAAAGUUUGGCAGAAGCGUUUAACAAUCAAUGGUUUAAUGAGAUUUAGGUGAGAGGGGAGCUUUCCUGAAAACACCCAGAUUCUGAUCAUUAAAUAAGUAGAUUUGGAGUUUCUGAUAAUGAAUUUCUGAUUUGCACCAACCAGCCAUCUUUUGUUCUGUUUUUGCUAAAUAUAAUGGUUAAAGGUUAAAGUUGACCUUUUAAAUAUUAAAUAUCACCUCACUGAAUUAUCUUACACUCACGUGAGGAAUUUUGUCACCCAAAAACUUUUAUUGCUUUGCUUUUUUUUUUAUUAUUGUAAUGUCAAGGUUACUUGUAAGCACCAACCUUGACUCACUUUGACUUAAAGUCCAAGUUACUGUUGAGUCAAAGGAUGAAGAAGUUACCCCAAAGUCACCCUGAAUGCAAUGUUGCCAGAUAAAAAUUAGCUGGCAUAUUUGAUAGGCACCUUUGUCUCCAAACACAGAUAACUUUAUUUUAGUCUCUACUGGAGAUCACAAAGUUUAAAUAUUCUAUGCAAACUAUUAAGUGGAGCUUUCACAAAAAGAGAGAACAUGAUCAGCAUUUAUGGUUUGCAUGUCAAGCAGAGACACAAUCAGAAGAGACAUUUUUCUGUUAAUCAGAAUUAUUUGAUUAAAUAGUCAUUUACUCCUCAGUGUGAUGAGUUUAAGGGAAUGUGAAAGCAGCAUAUGUGGGUGUUUUAAGGAUACAUGAAGUCUGUCUUAGCCAAUCAGACGCCUCCUUUCUCUUGUCACUCAGUGUCAUGCCACUUUUCAGUGCUAUUCUGCCCAGCACCAGGGUGUGUGUCCGUAUGUGCCGUGUAUGUGCGUGCUUGUGUGUGUUAUCGUAAAACAGGUUCAGCCAGCAAAGUGUGCGUGUGUGUUUGUCUUGAACAAGUUUGUGUGUUUUUAUUUUUUGAGGCCAAUGGAAACUGAUGACUGCAUGUUGCCUUAUCAAGCAAUGUCACAUUCGCUCACACAGACAACACACUACACCAAACACACAUACUUAACAUAAACGCAGCGCUCGCUCUAAACACACAAACACAAAUGCACCAACACAAAUCACGCACCGUGUUUAAGUUGGCAUCAAAUCAGACUCGCUGAUUUUAUAAACUGUACUAGUGAAAAUAAAGAGGUUUUGUUGAAAUCCA